AUGUCAGCCUUAUUCGCAAACCCUGGUUCAGAAGCUCCAUCUGUCGAGGAGUAUUACGGUAGUCUCGAGUCUCGUGCUGGAUAUUGGUUUUUCUUCCGAAACACCCGCCACUGUGGCCUAUAUGAGAAGGGAACAAUAUGGCCUUUUCCCAUCCACGAGGCGCAAAGAAGGAUGGAAGAAAAGGUAUACAACAAGUUGAACUUGAAGCCAGGAGCUCGUGUUCUUGACGCAGGAGCUGGCUCUGGAUUCGUCGCAAUGUAUAUGGCUAAAAAGGGACUCAACGUCGAUGCAAUUGACCUUCUCCCCUUCCAUGUCGAAGAUGCCAAACAAAACGUCAAGCAGUAUGACCUCGAGGACAAAGUAGCAGUUUCUUUGGCAGACUACCACAAUCUAACCCAAUUCGCCGACAACUCCUUUGACGGUGUUUAUACCAUGGAAACCUUUGUACAUGCAGACGAUAAUAUGCGUGUCCUGCAGAACUUCUAUAGAAUCUUGAAACCUGGUGGUGUAUUGGUUCACCAUGAGAACGAUAUCAUACAUGAUUCCGAAGGCGUUCAGGAUACUUCCAGGCUAUGGCAUACUCCAAGUACUCUCAAGCGGGGGGAAUUAUCCCGGCUACUGGGAGCAACUGGCUUCAAGGAUAUCGACCUAGAAGACCUCACUGAGGAGAUACUACCAUUGUGGCGAUUGCUAGGGUUUAUUGGAUUCCUACCGUACCAUCUUUUCUGGCUACUUGGAGUCAAGGAGCGCUACACCAACACCUUGAUAGGUGUUGAGCGGUAUCUUAGUUGGGGUGAGAUUGGAUACAUUUCCGUGAAGGCCGUCAAACCUUGA